AUACUGACGCAGCAAAGUCUAUUACAGGCAAUGGGGUCGAUUCAAUGGUCGCAAUAGAACUCAGAACAUGGUUGAUAAAAGAGCUUGGAGCUGACAUUACCAUGACUGAUAUUGUGGCCUGGGAAAGCUUGACUGAGUUGUCCGAGAGAGUGGUGAGCUUGAGUAAAUUUGUCCGUGAUUCUAAAGUAAUCUGCCAUUCUUCUCUUUCUCCUUUUGGUGAGAUCUCGAGCCAACGUGGGCUUGUGAUUAUGUGAACUACUUUUCAGAUAGCUUCAAAGCCUCUAUAUAGCUCAUGUGAUACAGAUACCAGGAUUUAGGAAUCAAGCAGUGCGUCAUAGUAUGAUUAGUCCCUCUGCUUAAUGAAAGUACGUUAAACGUCUUAUUCGAAUCCAUACGAUUAAUCAUCACCAAGCAUGUUACCAAGACAUCUUUUCUAACCUUUCAUUGUUGUCUCACUUAAAUUUCGCCCCUGCCGCCUGUUUGUGAGUCUCUUGCCCCUUUUCCCCCUCUUGUUUGUUUGUCUUUCCCCCUCCCCCUUCGUUAGAUUUCGAGCGAAGUUG